AUGCGGAACUGCCUCGGGAAACAAAUCUGUCGCGGACCCUCCAGGGGGGUGGACCUGACGUACAGAGAUCUCCUCAAGCUCACAGUCCCCUUCGGCUGGUCGAUCGCCGCGUGCUGUCUCUUCGCCUACUACAGCAUCGAACCCAUAUCCAAUAGUCGGUUCCCCAAGACCGUCCCCAUGUACUGGAGCCUGAUAUCCUCCUUCCCUGCUUUCAUGACCGCGCUCAACACCUUCAUUUUUUAUCGAGAUGCCGUCGUCCGCUCCGGUCUAUCGCGUGUCGCGCUUGCCGAGCUCACGCAAGUUGUGCGGCUUAUCUCUGUUGUCGGCGUCUUCACCUUCAUCACCCUCGCAGUGGCAAGUGCAGUCCAGCUUGCGCAAUGUCGUCUGUGCAACAACGAGAGCUACAAGGAGAACGUCAUGUGGUGUGGCAUUGCGCUCCUCUGGAUGGUGGUGAUGGCGUGCACGACGCCCACGGCUCGUCACUUUUCAAAGUUGAUCUUCCGAUACGAGACGUUCCAACAAGCUGGCGGCAUGGCACCUACAGUAAGCUGUACCACGCCGGAGGCGCCGCCCUCACUUCGCCCUGUCUCGUGGGGCGCCGUCGGGUCUCAUCCAGGCGGUCCGGGAGUCGCGGUCGACGGCCCCUACGCGGUUGCAGCCAGCUACCCAGCGCGUGCGGCGAGGACGCUUGGGUCCUCUGGCGGCCUCGCUGCGGAAGACGACUACAUUCGGGCGGCUGCAGGUGCGUCUCCUGGGCAAAUCGUGACUGGAAAAGUCUCCUCAAAGGCAGAAAGUAGCAAGCUCGAGGAAGGGAAGGGAAGCAGCUAA